CAGAGGCCUAAGCUGACUCACUACUGCACAUGGAGAACAAGGAAACUCGGAGAGAGAAACACUUUGUGCUUGUCCACGGGGCUUGUCAUGGAGCUUGGUGCUGGUACAGAGUGGUCACCCUCCUCAAGUCCUCUGACUACAAGGUCACUGCGUUAGACAUGGCCACGUCAGGGGUCCAUCCAAAGCAAGCUCAAGAAUUGAAUUCGAUUGUGGAAUAUGUCGAGCCCCUCUUCGAAUUCUUGGAGGGUCUUCCUCAAGAAAAGAAGGUGAUUCUGGUAGGGCACAGCAUGGGAGGGCUUUGCCUGUCGAUGGCCAUGGAGAGAUUUCCUGAGAAAGUAGAUGUUGCUGUUUUUGCUGCUGCUAUCAUGCCGGGUCCUGAGCUCAGUUUUCACUCCAUCCGUGAACAGCGUGCUCGCGCAUUGAAAUUUAGCAUGGGCUCGGCAUACGCAUUUGAUGAUGGCCCCGCGCGACCUCCCACCGCCCUGUUUUUGGGACAUGAUCUACUCUCUUCCAAGUUGUAUCAACUAUCCCCACCUGAGGAUUUGACUUUGGCGUCCUACCUAAUGAGCCAAUCUCGUCUAUACCCCGAUCAAGCCAAGAUGAAGGAGGAAGUAGCCGUAACAGGGGGCAAAUAUGGCGCCGUCCGCCGGGUUUACAUCAUGUGCGACCAAGACCUCAUCGUAACGGAAGACAUGCAGAGAUGGAUGGUGGAGAUGAACCGGCCAGAUGAAGUGAAGGUGAUCUCCGGCUCGGAUCACAUGGUCAUGUUCUCUAAGCCACACGAGCUUUGUCGUGCUCUUGGAGAGAUUGCUGAACGUUAUUGCUCUUGA